AUGGAAGAGGUACCAAAUUUCUUAAUCAAAUUUGAAGAAUACCUCCAGCUUAGAAUGGCCCAACAACAAAACGAUUUUUAUAAACAAAAAAUAUCAAAAUUAGAAUCAGAAAAAGAAAAACUCUUUCAAGAAGUAGAACGAUUAAAAAUUGUCAUUAAUAAACAACAACAACUCUUUGCAAAUAAAAUGGUUGAACACCUUCAAUUUAAAUCUGAAAUGUCAUCAAAGUAUUCUGCACAAAUUAAAGAAAAACAAGAACUUAUAGACAAAGAAAGGACAGAAAAACAUCAUUUAUUAAUCGAACUUACUUCACUUCGUGUCCAAGUUAAACACCAAGAAGAGCUUAUUAAUAAACUUAAAAAAUCUGAAGAUUCUGAUAUUAUCAGAAAGAAACCUCGAGGCACUAACGCUUCAAUCUCAUCUCAAAAAAUGGUUAAUUCUGAAAAAGAUAGUUCUGGUUCUCUUCAAAAAGUUCCUAAUAGUACAGAUACAUUAGCACAAGAACCUCUACUUGAACUAGCACAAAGUCAUAAAGUUGUUCCUACAACCACUCCUUUAUCUCAAGUAAACGAUAAGAGUCUUAAUGAAAAACAUAAAGUUGAAAAAAAGAUUAAUGUUGAACAAAACAACUCUACUUUUGAUAGAAAAAUAGUUUCAUCACUAUUAAGUGAUGAGUCUCAAAAAGAUGUUCACAAGUUGGUUCCUCUAAAAACUGAUUUUAUUUUUACUGUCAAUUAUAAAAAGGUAUGUGAAAUAUUGUCUCUUAUGGUAAGGAAUAAAUGGUAUGAACCAAACUCUUCUUAUUUCAAAACCUCAACUGUUUUUGAUGAGUAUUGUAGAAAAGUGCCAGUCCCUUGUUUUAAAGGAACUAAAGAAGAUUUAUGGAAUAGAAAGAAGGUUAUUAAAAAAUUUGUUGAAACUAUUGACAAAAUUGAACUUCUUCGUGUUUCUCAAGGAAAUAAAAGACGUAUUAUUUUUGGUGGGGCUUGUCAAAAUUAUAUCGAAUAUUCUGACUCCUUUUAA